AUGUCCCAACGCGCACACAACCAAUACACCGCCGACGACGGGGUCAAGUGGCAGACCUACGCGGACGCAUUCACCGCCUGGCUAGUCCAACCCACUCGCGAGACCUAUCCCGGCAACCCGCCGGAAGGCUACUACGAUGUCUACAAAAAGCGACAGACCUACGCACCUGGACCGCGCGAGUUCGCUCAACUCGUUGCGACCAGAUCUUGCAGUUCGCGCAGAAGGCUCGUGGCGGAAACCCGGUCGCCUCGGACCUUGGAGGCGGAGGACGAUACGGAGGAUGGCGUGCGGGAGGACGUGGGGGAUAUCGCGGAGGGCGAGGGGGCGGACGCGGGGGUUUCGGCGGAGGAAAUUGGUCCGGGAGACCGAUGUACGUUCGUCCCCCUGUCCAAUCCGUUCCUCUCGCCGGACGUGUCGGAAACCCUGUGA